UUCAUUACCUACUUGAAUUCUUUUAAGAAUAGAAAAUAAUUCUACCAUUUCUCUUCCUCUGUAUCAUUCUUAUUUCUUGUCUUUUUCCUUCCUUUUUAAUUUCCAAAUGUACCUUUUAGAGAGCAUCCACAAAUCAUUAUCUUGUUGUACAAGCAUUUGCCAAAGAGGUUUUCUUUUAGGUAUAAUGGAUUUUUUAGGGUUUCAUGAAUUAUUUGUUGCUUUUAACCAAAUGAUAAUGCCAAUACUCUUUUUUGCCUUCUUUAUUUUAUUUGGGCAUUGAAUCAUCCGCCUCCCAAAAGAGAAAAAGCUAUGGAAGUAUCACAUAAUCUUCAAUAUCCCUUGAGUUUUUUAAUUUCUGGAACAAUUCUUCUCAUAUUUCAAGACUUUCAUUUUCUUAAGCACAAUAAAAAUCUGUACUUCGGGUAUCACUAGUAUUACUGGGAAUUUUCUGCUUUGAUUGUUUGUGCAAAACAAAGCCAAUGCUUAUCCAGUUUGGCAAUACUUUAUGGCCAUGCAGCGAUACUUUAUUUGUGCAUCAUCCUCGUUUAUUCUUAAGUUGAUUGUUUUUCAUACAUUUCAGUUAAUUCGUAUUUAUGAUAUCUUUUUAGUAUUAUUAGACGUACUUAGAACAUAAUAUAUAUACUAAUAACAAUUCUAAAUAUCACAUAAUCACUGCUUUGAAUUUUUUUACUUUUGGAUGUGUGGAAUCUGAAAGGAGGUUAAUGGAACUGUAUGAAGUCUUUAGAAAUAUAUACAGCUGAAUAAUAAUUCUAUAUGUAAAUUGUAAUCCAGAUUUCUUGUAAACUGCUCCCAUUAAUUUGUAGUCGAGCAUAUAACAUUACCUCAUGUCCCACAUCGUUGGUGUAAGAAGAAAAGCUGGAUGUAUAUUUGCAGCCCAAGGCUGAGUCUACAUUUUCUAUGAACCGAUGCUCUGCUUCUUGCAAAAAUCUGUCUGUUAGAAAACAACACAAAGUUGGAGGUCUAACUGUGAGGUGCUCAAAUUGUGAUAUUAGAACUAAAGCUUCAACAUUUGGAGAACACAAAGGUGACUUGACUCUUGUUAAUCGUCGGGAUGUGAUGGGGUUGGUUCUUGGUAUCUCGAGCUUGUUUAUGAAUUCAUUUGACGCCAAGGGAGCUGGGUUGCCCCCAGAAGAGAAGCCAAAGCUAUGUGAUGACACUUGUGAGAAAGAGCUUGAAAAUGUACCUAUGGUAACUACAGAGUCAGGUUUGCAGUACAAGGAUAUUAAAGUCGGUGGAGGCCCUAGUCCACCUGUCGGUUUUCAGGUGGCUGCUAAUUAUGUCGCCAUGGUUCCAUCUGGACAAAUAUUUGACAGUUCUCUGGAGAAAGGUCAGCUUUAUAUAUUUCGUGUUGGCUCUGGCCAGGUGAUUAAGGGACUUGAUGAAGGCAUCCUGAGCAUGAAAGUAGGAGGAAAACGCAGACUCUACAUUCCAGGGCCAGUAAGUUCUCUUUCACUUCCACUUUGAUGCUCAACUUUCAAG